CUCUUUAUCGAUUUUAUCAAUCAUGGCUUUGCAUCGGCAUCAGUCAUCUUUAGAAAAGGUAUUGGACUUCUCGCAACCGUUCUCGCAACCGUUCUCGCAACCGUUCUCGCAACCGUUCUCGCUAACUCCUCAACAACGUCAAGCGGCAACAACCCUUUUCAGAUACCUGAUCCAGCAUGGUGGUUUGGAGCAACUACCUCGGAAGGUUUGA